AUCUGGUGUUAUCUGUGAGCUGUUCGCACUAAACUGUGUGGACUGUUAACUGCUAUAUCCCAAUUUUUUUGCAUAAAGAUAUACAACUUUAUAUCUUGGACUGGAUGUUGGCAUCAUCUGUCAAAGCCAUAUUACUUUGGCAUUUGUAAAGACCACGUUUUAAUGUCUGCAUCAGAGUCUGAGAAGCCAUGUGACAGUAGCCUGGAGAGACAGCAGAAACAGGAAGAGAGCCAUUAUGACAACAUGGCAGUGACUCCUGGACUUUGGGCUCUUGACUACAACUGUCAUCUGACUUCAGUAUAUAUGGAAGCAGCGGGCGGACUCAUUCAUAAACACACUUAACGCUCUGAGGUGCACAAGCCAAAAGCAGGUGAGACUUAUACUUUUUAAAAUUUCAAAUCCAAGCUUAGAAAAGCAAAUGUGAUCGAUUUCUUAUUUUACAUGCAGUUUGAAAGUUAACAACAUCAUUACUGUUUUUCAGCCCGCCGCAGUCAUGAAGGUGUUUGUGGUUCUUGCCAUUGCAGUGCUGUCUGGUAAGCUGCAAGCCUUUGUUUUUUUGUAUUUAUGGUUUGCAUUACAUUAUUAUUAGAUAAGUGUGAAGGUGCACUGUUUUCAUUCAAUACGUGUGUCUAUCCAACAGGCUGUAAUGCCAAUCUCUUCUACGCUGAUGAGCCCAAGCCACAGCUGGAGGUGCUGACUGAUGCUUUCUGGGACUACAUUGCCACAGCCACCCAGACAGCUGAUGACACCCUGCAGAUGAUCAGGAAAUCACAGUUUGGACAGGAAGUCAAGUAGGUUAUGCAACAUAUGGAAGCUUUGGUUACAUGCUGAUGAAGACUUGUAUGGAGUCAGCCUGAUCGUUAUUCUUUCUUUUUCCAGCUCCCGCCUGGAAGAAAGUGCUGACAUUGCCAGCAAAUAUGCCGUCACCCUUCAGGAGAGAAUCCCCCCUGCAGCCCAGGACCUGAUGGACAAGAUCAGCCAUGAGGCUGAUGUGUUAAGAAACAUGCUGACCCUGGAGCUGGGCACCGUCAGAGACAAGCUGGAGCCCUACACCGAAGACAUGAAGGCCAAGAUCCAGGAGAGAGUGGAGCAGCUGAAACAGGAGCUGGCCCCCUACGCAGACUCCCUGGACUCCGAGUCCCUGAGGGCCACUGUGCUGCAGAAGACAGAGGAGCUGAAGGCCAGCCUGGAGCAGAGUGUGAAGGAUCUGCAGGCCCAGCUGGGGCCCUACACUGAUGACCUGAAGCAGAGAGUGGACCAGCACCUGCAGGACUUCCAGGAUAGCAUGGGCCCCAUGACCGAUAAGGUGCACCUGGAGCUGGUUCAGAGAGCAAAUCUGGUGAAGCAGAUGGUAGCCCCCUACGCUGAGGACCUGAAGGAAAAGCUGGACCCCUAUGCUCAGGACCUGCAGGCUCAGCUCAUGUCUUUCUACCAGUCCUUCACAGACGCCAACUAAGUCAACCUCCACAUGUGCUCCAUCAUUUCUCAUGAUGCCGGCCUUGUCUGGUCUACCUCUGUUUGAAGCAUGAAAGAUAAUUUGAAUAUGUGAAACAAGCUGUAAAGCAAAUUAAAUUUAAGGUACAUGCUCUUAAUGUCAUAUUUAUUGCAAGGUCAGCCUUUGCACUUGAUUUGUACAUACUUGACAUUUUUAUUGUGUGUGGUGAGAGUGGAAAGUGUAACUUUUUGCAAUUUCUGUAAAAAUAAAUGGAUUGAUCUAAAAAAAAAAAAAC